AUGUCGCUGGAGGAGAAGCUGGCCAAGAUUAAAUCUCCCAAUUUACAGAGUCAACAGCAUACUGCCGUUGUCCUGUCCUCCAUUGAAGAGACCCUACGAGAUCAAAAAACGAAAUUCACUGCUACCGCUUACUUUGCCGCCUUACUCGCUCUAUUGAAACAGUCCGCAUCAGACUCGCAGCAAGGCAACGACAGUGAAAUAGUCACCUCGACCAUUUAUCUUCUUGACUUGGUCACCUCACAUGUCUCAUCGAGUCUUCUUCGCACACAGUUUAGCACCAUUGUUACCCUAUUGGCGCCAUAUUUGAGUUCUUCCAGCACGAAUGCACCUCUCCUGCGCUCAGCGAUAGGGUGCCUUGAGUCACUUCUAAAAGCGCAGGACAAUGCCGCAUGGAGUCUCCCACAGAGUCAAACAAGCCCUCGACAGGCAAUCCCCGUCCUUCUAACACUGGCAAUCGACCCUCGGCCGAAGAUCAGAAAACGAGCACAAGAGGCAUUGACCGAGAUCCUACAAAACCCUCCUCCAGGCCCGGCGAUCGAUCAUCCAGCCGCGGAGCUGUGUGCAGUUGCGGCCCAGAACAACCUACGGAAUGCUGUCGAUCUGGUUCAGCAAGCGAGGCGGCAAAAGGGUAGACCAGACGAUAGUCAUGAGCCUGCGGUGAUCCAUGCCCUCCAACUCACCAAGACCAUUGCAACAGCCUCUGGCGGCUGGCCAAGCAAGAAGAUUGAACCACUAUGCGAACUAUUACUGUCCAUCUCACGGUCACGGAAUGAUUUCUUGGUCAUGAGUGCAUUUGAGGUCUUCGAGGUCAUCUUUCAAGGCAUGCAGGACGAGGUCUCCUCAUCCAAGUUACCACGUCUCCUUGAUGCCAUCGUUGAAUUGAAGCCUGUACAGAAUGAUUCGCAAUUAUUGCCGCCGUGGAUCGCCAUUGUGUCUCGAGGCUAUGGCACGUCUGCACUGGUUGAGCCAGAAGACACUUUUGCAAAGCUACCCGAGCUGUUCGAUCUCAUGUCAGCAUAUCUCACCAGCUCUUCGCAUAACAUUCGAGUCUCGGCGUCCGAGUGUUUGAUCUCGUUUUUUGCAAAUUGUAUCCCAGACAGCGUCAUUUCAGAUCCAUCAGUAUAUGAUGAGAAGCUACUAGAGCAGAUAUCCAGUCGAGCACUAGGACUGCUGUCGGUCAAAUUCCAGACCGCAUGGAUGGAGGUGUUUCAAUCUCUUGCCGCUCUAUUCGAUGCUCUGCGUUGGCGAGGCGAUCCAUACCUACUUCCCAUUGUGAAAGCCAUUGGCGAAUUGAGGACGAACCCCGGGUUUCAAGGCAAGAAGCAAGCCGACGAGAUCCUCGGUCGUGCUAUUCGCAAUCUCGGUCCCGGUUCAGUCUUGAGUGUCCUACCUCUCAACCUGGUCAAACCUGUGGCUGGUCAGACUGGCAGAGCCUGGCUUCUACCGCUCCUGAGAGAUCAUGUGUCCAACACCAAUUUGAGUCAUUUCAAGGCCGACCUCAUCCCCCUCAGUGAGGCGAUGUAUCAACGGAUUAUUGAUCACGGAUCAGCCGAGAAGACCACAGACAUCAAGGUGUUCGAAACCGUCGUUCAGCAGGUCUGGGCGACAUUCCCAGGUUACUGUGACUUGCCCCUUGACUUGUCAACUGCCCUGGACCAAUCUCUGGCAGAACUGGUCUCAAAUCUUCUUUACAAGCAGACAGAACUGCGAGUGGAGCUCUGCAGAGGUCUACAGAAUCUCGUUGAAUCAAAUCAGGCACUGAUCGCCUCAGACCUGACUGACGAUGUUCUUCUCGUUGAACGACGAAUGCAGAGGUCCGAUGCCGAGAAGAAUCUCCAGCAUCUGGCUUCAUUCGCAAGCAAUCUACUGGCCGUUCUGUUCAAUGUCUACAGUCAAACUUUACCUCAGUCGCGAUCAUAUAUUCUACAGUGCAUCAACAGCUAUCUCAGCAUCACGCCAGAAAAGGACCUUGUGGACACCUUCGAGCGUGUGUCAAGCAUGCUUGCGAAUGAAUUGCCAAUGUCAGAUGCACCACCACAAAAGAAACAACCGAUUCAGCCUGCUGGAAAUAAACUCCCUCCUACAUCUCACACUCUCCUGGAUCUAGUCAUCGCGCUUUCGGUACAUCUACCCAGGUCGACCUUUGCCUCUCUUUUCUCAAUCUCAUCCAAUAUCCUCACCAAUUCGGCGAUCCUCAAAUCGGAUCCCCAGCUCAUCAAGAAAGCAUAUAAACUCAUUCCUAGGCUUGCAACCUCCAAAACUGGCGUUGAAGCCCUGAAAGCCCGCAAUUCAGAUUUGCAGCAAUUAAUGAUCCGAACUUCCGAGACGACCCCCGUGCCUGCCAGGAGAGACCGCAUUUUGGCUAUCGAGACACUUGUAACAUUUCUGCCCCUGGACGACCUACACUUCAUUCCCAGUAUUCUGAGCGAGGUGGUUAUUGCAUGCAAAGACAGUAACGAGAGAGCACGAACGGCAGGAUUUGAUCUGCUUAUUACCUUGACGAACAAGAUCUCGGACCCGACGAACCCGCCCGGAACAGUCAUUCGCAAUCGACUUGUACCGCACAUGCCAGACGACUCACUCGAUGCCCCGGCCAACUUGGAAGAAGUUUUCACCAUGGUCAGUGCCGGAUUGGCUGGUGUGGCUCCUCACAUGGUUGCAGCAAGCGUGACAGCUCUGGGUCGACUGCUUUUCGAAUACCACUCACAACUACCAGCCAAGACGACGGAAGAGCUUAUUGACACAGUGACGAUGUUCUUACAGUCCAAUACCCGGGAAAUCGUCCGCGCUGUUCUCGGAUUCAUCAAAGUCAUGAUUGUUGUACUGUCCAAUGAAAUGCUUGAGCCGAGGAUGCCAGCCAUAGUUCCCGGCUUGAUGGUGUGGAGCAAGGAGAACAAAGGCCGACUGAGAGCCAAAGUCAAGGGCAUUCUCGAUCGAUGUCUCCGCCGCUUCGACGCAAGUGAAGUCGAGAGCUGGGUUGGUGGUGAUGAUCGAAAGAUGAUCGUCAACAUUCGCAAGCGAAGAGAACGAGCAAGACGCAAGAGGAAGGGCGAUGGAGCAGACGAGGAUGACGAUGAAGACGAGAACGAACCAGCCGGCAAGAAGCGAUACGACAACGAAUUCGACGAGGCAGUCUAUGGCUCCGAGGACGACGAUUCCGAGAUCGACGGCGGUAGCGACGGCGGCGACGACGAGGAAAUGUCCGGCGUAUCAGUAUCAGGACGAGGCUCCGCCUCUAGUUCCCACGGCAAGAAACGCAGCAACAACAACACGCAAUUCAUCCGCCAAGACGAUUCGGACGACGAGCCGCUCGACCUCCUCGACCCGAAGAGCAUGGCGAGCAUCUCGUCGCGCAAACUCGGGCGACUUCGCGACUCGGCUGCGCCACACAAGCGCACGAAAGCCAAAGUCAACGAGGACGGCAAGCUGGUGUUCGGCGGACCCGAAGCCUCCGACGGCGACGACGACGAUAUCUCCAUGUCUGACCCUAACCACCAGCAGCAACAACAGGACAAAUCCACCGGCUCGUCCAUCAACGCCUACCUCGACGCCGUGUCGGGCGCGGACGCCGUGCGCCGCGGCCAGAAGGGCCGUCUGAAGGUCAAGUCCGGGAUGCAGAAGAAAACGAAGCUGGAGGGGCGGGAGCGCGAGCGCGAGGAGAUGGAUCUCGACGUCGACGAGGCGCGCGAGAUCGCGAGGAAGAUCAUGGCUGGCAGUGGCAGUGUUAGUCCUAGAGCCGGGGGUCAGGGUCAGAACCAGAAUCAGCGGAGAGCUUUGGGCGCCGAGAAGGCGAAGAAUGCGCCCGAGAGGCAGAAGUUCCGUGGUGGGAAUGGGGUUGGGAAACGCGGGCGUGGUGGGAAUGUGAGGUUUGCUGGUGGGAGAGGGGGUGGGCGCGGAGGCGGUGGUGGGAGAGGUGGAAGAGGCGGUGGCGGUGGGAGGAGGUGA